GCCGCAAAGAGCUUUUCAGAUUAAACGUUUAACGAUGUUUUACAAGUUCACAUCCAAUUUUCUAAAAGUUAAAAGUGUUAAAUGUUGAUCAAAUGUAAAUAAUAUAUAAUAUAUGUGUAUGUAUAUUAUGUUUCUAUACUGAUGCAGGCUUGUUUGUAAUUAUAGUGUCAGAAAUUGACUUUGUUAAAACCAGUUAAUUUAUAAAAUGGCAACAAGUUCUCAGUCUUCAGUUGAGCUGGGUUCGCAUGAAGUGAAGGACUAUAUUUGUAAUGCCUGUGAAGACAAGACUAAUGUUGAGAAAAGUGCUGAUUUCUAUUGUAAACAGUGUGAACGGUUUUAUUGUGGAAACUGUAUUGAUCCACAUGGUAAUGCCUUGGCUAAGCAUACUACAUUUGGAAGGGUCGAAAUAGAUAAAUGGCCAGUUUCAAAAAAGGUGGUUGAUUUUCUACAAACUUGUGAUGUUCAUAAGGCCCAUACAAUUGACAAGUUCUGCAACUUGCACGAACAGCUGUGCUGCCCUAAGUGUGUAUCUGAUCAACACAGCCAGUGCAGUAAAGUGACUCCAAUUAAUGAGCUGACCAACACACAGCCCACAGACCUACAGGGACUGUCAGUGGAGCUGGAAACUGUCUUGGGAGAAAUCAAAAACCUUCAGAUCAGUCAGGAGGCCAGCGUUAAGUCAUUGCAGGGAACAUACAAGGAACAUGGGGCACUCAUGAUAGAACAAAUGCGUGGCAAUUUAAAUACAUAUAUAGAUAAGUGUGGUAAUAGUUCUGUGGGUACAUCAGGAAAAAGUGAGCAAUAUUUAAAAGAAGAAAUGUGUAGGAGUGUUGUUUCUAUCGUGAAUGAAUUCGAUAAUAUUACUGCGAAGGAACUUAACGAGAUGAAAGAUGAAGUUAUAAGCAUUAAAGGGUCAGUUACAAGUUCUAUUCAUAAAUGCAUCAGUCUUCACAAUGACUUGUCACAAUUCCAUGAAAUUGUUCAGAAAAUUGGAGAUCAUAAGCAGCUCUGCCUUAUAGCCAGCAUAAAAUGUAAGCAUAUAAUACAGCAGGCACUGACUCUGCUAGGAAAGUCAGGCAAGGCGUUGAAUGUCCAGAGUAUUACUAAGCACAAUGUGAGAAUACUAUUUGAUUCAGAUGAAUGUUGGAUCACAGGCAUAUGUGUUCUGACUGAUGGGCAGGUGCUGAUCGCAGACUGGGAGAAUGAGAGGUUCAAGCUGCUGAACCAGCAGUACAAGGUGGUGAGUCACUGGGAUGUUAAUGCUAGGCCAGUUGACAUUUGUUUGAUCACACCCAGUGAGGUUGCAGCCGCUGUGGAUACUUUCAACAAACAUGAGGUCCAGUUUAUCACUGUCAACCAGGGAAAGCUUGUUCCUGGCAGGAAGUUUCAGUUACAACAUAGAUGUACAGGUAUUUCCCAUCACUAUGGAGACCUUUUUGUCACCUCUGGUCAAGAACUGUACAAAUACACGCUGAAUGGCAAACAGCUCUGCAGACUCUACCAAGAUAGAUCAUCUGAUUAUACAGACCCAGCACUAGGUAGCCCACGUGGUCUACAUGUGACCCCUGCAGGCCAGGUGCUGGUCUGUGUUUGCUGGUCCCACACUGUACAACAGGUGGGCUGGGAGGGGAAGAGUAAGCUGGCUACGCUGGCUACUAAGGAGCAUGGAGUGAGCUGGCCAGUUUGA